AUGGUUUUCCAGGCCAGGAAGCUAACAGGUCUGCUUUUCCGUGAUGACGAAGAUCCAGCAGAGAGGGAGGAAGACUGCAAGGGUGACAAGUUUGAGUCAUGGCUGACAGUGGGGAUCACCUCAGUGUCACGCCAGGGUCAAGGUGGCCUCUUGGAUACGCUGGCCUCCCUGUACCACGCCUCCUCCGUGGCUGAGCAGAAACGGAUAACUGUGCUGGUUCACCUGGCCGAUUCUGAUUCCACCUGGCUCAGGAAUACCGUUCUCCAUAUCUCCAGCCUCUACAGCUCUCAGAUCUUGACAGGGCAAUUGCUACUGAUCCAUGCCCCAUCCGAUGCCUACCCCACGGUGACGAACGUCCAGGAUGAGCUCUCUCAGGGACAGAUGUACUCCAAGCAGAAUGUGGAUCAUGCCUUCCUCAUGAGCUUUGCCACAAAGCUCUCUUCUUACUUCCUGUUGAUAGAGGACGAUGUCUUUUGUGCCCCCAACUUUGUCACCCACAUUCAUUCAAAGGUGAUCAACAGGAAGCCCCACACAUGGGUGCUCCUGGAGUUCUCUAAUAUGGGCUUCCUUGGCAAACUUUUCCACAGUAGGGACCUUCCACUGCUGGCCCAUCUCCUCCUCCUCUUCCACAAGGAGCGACCGCUGGACUGGCUGAUCCUUCACUUCCGUACCCUCCUGGCCCAGCCUAACCCAAUCCUCUGCAGGCCUUUUCUCUUCUACCACAGGUUAUCUCACUUCACUUUUGAGAACAAGACCUUCACAGCCCAGGAAAAAGGUCCUCAUGGGCCCGACGACCUCCCUGGAGCUGUUUUCACGGACAUGAGACUCCCUGGGGUUUACUCCCCACAGGAGGCCUACACUCAAGACGAGUCAUUCUUUUGGACCUACAAUGUCAGUACAAGGAACUACCUGACAGUAAUUUUGAGCCAUCCAGCGAACCUGAACAGAGUGCAAGUAAGAACGGGCUCCAUCAUGGAUGGAAAGUACAUCCUAGAAAAAGGUCAGGUGGAGCUAGGCUACCAGCCUGAAGGAACGCCCCCAAACUGUACCAGCUUUACCCUGCUGGGCCGUCUUGUGCAAGGGCAGAUGGAUCAGAUCAUUCCGAAAAGCACCGGGUACCAAGUAAGCUGCGUGAAGCUGGCCGUAAACGCUAAUCAGGCCGGUGGGCUCAUGAUCAGGCAUAUCUACCUCUGGAGGGCGUGGGAUGCCGAAGACAGAAACGCUGGGCAGAACUGA